GCACUUUAAGUACGCUAGAGUUCUGAUAAUCAGGUCCACUCAAGGUUGUGGGAAAUAAAGCGCGGUCGGACCUGAAAAUUACUGGUUAUGUUGUUGGUACUAUGAUAUCUGGAAAACUAAAAAACUUCCGCAAAACGAUAGAGGACGUACGUGAGGGAAAGGAGCAUGCAUUAGAGGCUAUCCGUAAAGACCUGACUUCAAUUCCUUACCUCCCAGAGCUUGCAAAGUUGGAUCACUUACGUUCCCUAACUUUGUCUCACAAUAAAAUAACAGAAGUACCUCAAGAAAUAUCAACUCUGCAAACUUUGGAACACUUGAAUCUAUUUAAUAAUUGUAUUGUGAAUGUAUCACCAAAGAUUGUGGAGUUAACAUACUUAAGAUCUCUAAAUCUUGGGAUGAAUAAACUGUCUGUUUUACCUCGCGGUUUCGGUGCUUUCCCUUCUCUCGAAAUUCUCGACUUAACAUACAAUAACUUAAAAGAAACUAGUUUGCCUGAUAACUUUUUCAAUCUGGUGACACUUAGAGCAUUAUACUUGUCAGAUAAUGAUUUCGAACACAUUCCACCUGGAAUUGGCAAACUCGUAAACUUGGAAAUAUUAGCUCUUCGUGACAAUGAUCUUGUGUCGCUGCCAGCAGAAAUAUGUUUACUUACUAGAUUAAAGGAGCUCCAUCUUCAGAACAAUCGCCUUGCUGUAUUGCCUCCUGAAUUAGGUAUACUGGAUCUCUGUGGGCCUAAGCAGGUAGCAAAAUUAUCAGGUAAUGAUUGGGUUUCACCAAUUGAAGAUCAAUUACAAGUUGGUCUCUCUCAUGUCUUUGAUUACAUCCGAUCGGAGACAUACAAAUUCUUAUAUCAACGACACAUAGCAGCUGAUAAUAAACCAAGACCAAUAGCUGAUAAAUCCAAAAAAAUCAGUCGUAAAGUUCAAUGA